UUGCUGAGGUGCUCGCUGUGAUAUUUUCCCCCGGGCUCGCCCUCGUUUCUCUGGCCUUUUUUAGCGGGCGAAACUCAAAACACUUUUUUUCUCUUCUCGCCUCCAAACACUCUCGCGAUCAGUUUUCUCCCCUGUCCCUCCCCUCCAGGUUUUCAAUUGAUCGUCGACUCUUGACCUCCAAACAUCUUGCGCUUCUUGAGCCUCGUGGCUCCUCUCUAACUGCUCUUCCUCUCACCGAGCUCUUCACCUCCACAAUGCUCCGAACUCGCCAGGCCGCAAAGGCCAUCCGGGCCGUCGCCAAUGCCCGAUCUUUCACCACCACAUCAGCCGUUGCUUCCGUUCACACUUCAAAGAAGGUCGCCAGUACCAGGAAUCAAUCUACUGCUGCUGCACCUGCACGCGAUAUCCCUAGCCCAGGGUUUAAUGUCGAGAAGAAUCAGAACAAUGUCCAGCCUCUGGUCAACCCCCGGAAAAACGACAUGGAUGAGUCUUUCAUUGGAAAGACUGGUGGUGAAAUCUUCCACGAGAUGAUGCUCCGACAUGGCGUGAAACACAUCUUUGGAUACCCUGGCGGUGCCAUUCUCCCCGUUUUCGAUGCCAUCUACAACUCAAAGCACUUCGAUUUUAUCCUCCCUCGCCACGAGCAAGGUGCUGGCCACAUGGCUGAGGGUUAUGCCCGAGCUUCUGGCAAGCCCGGUGUUGUUCUCGUCACAUCUGGUCCCGGUGCUACAAAUGUCAUCACACCUAUGCAGGAUGCUCUGUCUGACGGUACACCCAUGGUUGUCUUCACCGGUCAGGUCGUGACAACUGCCAUUGGCAGUGAUGCUUUCCAAGAGGCUGAUGUUGUCGGUAUCUCUCGCGCAUGCACCAAGUGGAACGUUAUGGUCAAGAACGUUGCCGAACUUCCUCGACGCAUCAACGAAGCUUUCGAGAUCGCCACCAGCGGUCGCCCCGGUCCCGUCCUCGUCGAUCUUCCCAAGGAUGUCACUGCCGGUGUCCUACGGAGAGCUAUCCCUACCGAGACUGCUCUGCCUUCUCUGCCUAGUGCCGCUUCCCGCGCUGCUAUGGAUGUGACCAAGAAGCAGCUCGAGGGAGCCCUCCAGCGCGUCGGCAACCUCGUCAACAAGGCCAAGAAGCCCAUCAUUUAUGCUGGUCAGGGUAUCAUUCUUUCUGAAGGUGGUCCCGAGAUCCUCAAGGAGCUCGCUGACAAGUCCUCCAUCCCCGUUACCACUACUCUUCAAGGUCUAGGUGCCUACGACGAACUCGACGAGAAGUCCCUGCACAUGCUUGGUAUGCACGGUUCUGCUUACGCCAACAUGGCCAUGCAGGAAGCCGAUCUUAUCAUCGCUCUCGGUGCCCGAUUCGACGACCGUGUUACUCUAAGCAUUGCUAAGUUCGCCCCAGGUGCCAAGGCCGCUGCUGCUGAGGGCCGUGGUGGUAUUGUCCACUUUGAGAUUAUGCCCAAGAACAUCAACAAGGUCGUUCAAGCAACUGAGGCCAUCGAGGGUGAUGUCGCCGCCAACUUGAAGGAACUCCUGCCUCUGGUUGAGUCCAAGACCAUGGAGGACCGCAAGGAGUGGUUCAACAAGAUCAACGAGUGGAAGGAGAAAUGGCCCCUGACCGACUACGAGCGUGCCGAGCGCUCCGGUCUCAUCAAGCCCCAGACUCUGAUUGAGGAGCUCAGCAACCUUGUUGCGGACCGCAAGGACAAGACCUACAUUGCCACUGGUGUCGGUCAACAUCAAAUGUGGACUGCUCAGCACUUCCGAUGGAGACACCCUAGAUCCAUGAUCACCUCUGGUGGUCUUGGCACCAUGGGAUACGGUCUACCUGCUGCCAUUGGUGCCAAGGUUGCCCAGCCUGAUGCUCUUGUUAUCGACAUCGACGGUGACGCUUCCUUCAACAUGACCCUGACUGAGCUUUCCACUGCUGCUCAGUUCAACAUUGGCGUCAAGGUCAUUGUUCUUAACAAUGAGGAGCAGGGCAUGGUCACACAAUGGCAGAACAUCUUCUAUGAGGAUCGAUAUGCCCAUACUCACCAGAGCAACCCCGACUUCAUCAAGCUCGCCGAGGCCAUGCGCGUCCAAAACCGACGUGUCUCUAAACCCGAGGACGUUGUCGAUGCCCUGAAGUGGCUUAUCAACACUGACGGCCCUGCUCUGCUGGAGGUCGUCACCGACAAGAAGGUCCCUGUCCUGCCCAUGGUGCCCGUCGGUUCCGGUCUACAUGAGUUCCUCGUCUUUGACGGAGCCAAGGACAAGAAGAGACGUGAGCUGAUGAGAGAGCGUACCUGCGGUCUGCACGGCUAAGCUUGAACCCCAGCUUAACUACGAACCGCAACCAAUCUGAUACCAUCUAUUCCAUCGUGUCCUUUUUCUUAACUUUCUUGAUUCCAUCUACUUGCGGAGUUUUAUGUUUACUGGGUUUUGCCGGCGGGCAAAAGUACCUUUUGGGGUCUACGACGAUCAGCGCCUGAGAGACCAACAAAAAAGCUGGAGGCUGGAUUGCAUUGAGUGUGAGAGGAGGGACUUGUUCGUGUGUAGGAUCAAUGUGCACAUGAUGCGCGCGAGGACGCGUGAAAAAUUGAGGAUGACGAGUUACGCCGAGGGCGUUUUUAUAUACCACCACAUAAUGAAUGUCGUUGUGAUGAUACCUGAGCUACUGCGCCU